AUGGCGCCGUCAAACGACGAGAUCGAGCAAGCCCUGCUCGAUGCCACUUAUGAAAUCUAUCAGUCUCACCCUGACGAUACUACAGUCAACAAAGUUCGCAAGCAAACGGAGGAGAAUCUCAGCCUCGAGGAUGGUUUCCUAUCGAGUGGCGACUGGAAGAAGAAGAGCAAGGAGCUCAUUAAACAGAGAGUUGAAAAACUUAUGGAAGGAUGGACUCCAGAGGAAAAGAACGAAGCUGACUCAGAUGGGGAAGAAAAGAUGAGCACUGGCACGAAGCGUUCUUCUCCUGAUGCCGAAUCCCCGCCACCAAAGCCUAAGCGUCAGAAGCGUGCACCCAAAGCAAAGCCUGCGCCUAAACCAAAACAAAAGUCAACAAAGGCUGCCAAAAAGCAAGAGUCUGAUCCAGAGUCCGAACUCGGUGAAUCGAGCGAGCUUAGUGAGCUUAGUGAUCUGAGCGAAGAGGAGAAGCCCCAAAAGAAGCGAAAGCCAGCGGCGCCGAAGAAAGCACCGGCGAAAGCACCAACGAAACGCAAGUCAAAGAAGGAGGUCAUUUCCGAGGAUGAGAAUGAGGAUGUCACCAUGGGCACAGAUGCUGGAACACCAGAGAAGGGACAAGAUGCAAAGAAUGGCGGCUCAGUCGGUGAAAAGGCUGCGCCCUCCGCAGAGGCACAAAGCCCAGAUGGAGAAGAAGAAAAGUCACUCGCAGAAGAAGGCGAGGACAAACCGAUUAUUGACGAAGAAGAAGAGUAUUCGGAUGUGAUCGACGAGCCUCCAAAGCCCAAGCGUAAGAAGAAGGAAAAGAAGGAAAGCGCAGGCAAGCCCGCAAAGGCACCCAAAGCCGCUGCGAAAAAGAUUACCACGUCAGACGACCCCAACACUGAAGAAAUCAAGAAGCUGCAAGGACAUCUUGUCAAGUGCGGUGUUCGUAAGCUCUGGCACAACGAGCUGAAACAGUACGGCGACGAUGCCAAGGCCAAGAUUCGCCAUCUCAAGAAGAUGCUCGCCGACAUUGGAAUGGAUGGUCGCUUCUCCGAAUCCAAAGCCCGCGAGAUCAAAGAACGACGCGAACUCCUGGCUGAAGUUGAAUCUGCGCAGGAAAUGAGCUCGUUGUGGGGUGUUGAGGGACGCGGCCGUGCAAGCCGGAGCAAAAGCAAGAAGAUUAUUGAGAGCGAUAGUAAGGGCUGA